AUGGCGAGAAAUGAUGACCACGUGUACACACACAAUUCUGAUGAUUGUGUGUAAACAGACGAGUACUACAGACAAUGACAUCUGUGCAUUGAGAUUUAUAUAUAGUUUGAUUAUUUGUACAAGCCAUCAAUUCAUCUACUCAUUCUCUUUUUUAUCUGAUCAUCAUAAUCCUGAUCCAUUUUGAAGAUUUCUUGGCCGUGAUAAUAGCUCAUCCUUAUCCAAAUCACCAUCGUGAAAUUAUUAAUUUACAAAAUGAAAGGGAACUCAGAGCAAAAUCCCCUGCAUCUGAAAUCUCUGAAUCACAUUUCACUCGUCUGCAAAUCUAUUGAAGAAUCCAUGGAUUUUUACAAGCAUGUUCUGGGUUUUGCACCUGUGAGGAGACCCGGAUCAUUUGAUUUUAACGGAGCUUGGCUGUUUGGCUAUGGCAUAGGAAUACAUUUGUUGCAAUCUGAAGAUCCACAAAAUAUGCCUAAGAAAAGAGUGAUCAAUCCCAAGGAUAAUCAUAUCUCCUUCCAGUGUGAGAGCAUGGGUGCGGUGGAGAAGAAGCUCAAGGACAUGGAGAUCGAUUACGUGAGGCAACGCGUGGAAGAAGGAGGGAUAUAUGUGGACCAGCUGUUUUUCCAUGAUCCUGAUGGGUUCAUGGUGGAGAUAUGCAACUGUGAUAAUCUUCCAGUCAUCCCCAUUGCUGGAGAAAUGGUCAGGUCUUGCUCUCGUCUUAAUCUGCAACAGCCACAACAGAUCCCAGUAGUUCGCCUUUAGCAACACUGGCUGAUCAAGGAACGCUGGGUGAUGUUUUGGUUCUUGGUUCUUAGUUCUUAAUAAGUUUCAGCUUGCUUCUUGUUUUUACUCUUGGUUGUGUUCUCUGUUUCAGCAUUCGUAAUUAGUAAGAGAAUUAGAGUUGUUAAUUGUGUAAACUUGUUUGUAAUAACUAAGUUGUUUGAUUAUAUAAGUAGCAGGCCAUUUUGGCUUUUAACUCAGAAAGAAGUUAGGAUUUUCGACUUUUCAAGAUCUAACUUGUAUGUUGGACAAGUUAGUAUGAUAUUGUCGAUUCCGGCCAUUUUGGCUUUUAACUCAGAAAGAAGUUGGAAUUUUCGACUUUUCAGGAUCUAACUUGUAUGUUGGACAAGUUAGUAUGAUAUUGUCGAUUCUGCUCGUUUGUAUGUUGGUCAAAUUAGUAUGAUAUUGUCGAUUCUGCUCGUUUGUAUGUUGGUCAAGUUAGUAUGAUAUUGUCGAUUCUGGUCGUUUGUGUAAAGACAUAAAAUCUGCGGACUCCCGUGAUUAUAAGUACUAUAGUUAAACAAGUACAAAGUUGAGUGAAUCUAUGACAAUAGACAGCCAAGAUUGCAGGGUCCAGAUGCUCCGAGCAUUAGUGGUCCAGGGUUUCUAGUUUUGAUGAAGGGUGUUACUCAAGAGUUGGUGGAUCUGACGUGGUGUGGGGUUAAUCCCGUGAGCUUGUGCGCAAGGGGGGAUGAUGACAACGUUUGCGGUCCUUCUCUUAAAGGGUCAGAUGUCUAUUUCAGUCUCCUCUCGUUGCUUAAAUGCAUGUGUUCUUGUUUUUUUCCCUCGUGAUUAUUUCAUGGAGAACAUCAAAUCCGAAACAAUGAUCAUCUCCAAAGCAGUUCUAACCAAUUUUAAUGUGACACGACUGUUACUUUUUAAAGGAGUAAGCUCAAGGAUUCCAAACUGA